UUCGCCCGUUGGCUUCCCCCUCCCUUCCCCUCACGCGCGCGACCUCGUCGUUGUCGUCGGCUCGGAGAUCUCGCCUUCCCGCCGGCAGCAGCCAUGGACGCCGUCGACUCCGUGGUGGACCCCCUCCGCGAGUUCGCUGAGGACAGCGUCCGCCUCGUCCAGCGCUGCCACAAGCCCGACCGUAAGGAGUUCACCAAGGUGGCGGCGCGGAUGGUGAUCGGGUUCGUCGUCAUGGGUUUGGUUGGCUUCUUCAUCAAGCUCAUCUUCAUCCCCAUCAACAACAUCAUCGUCGGCUCCAGCUAG